GAGGGAUAAGGAGCGGGAGAGGGAGAGGGAUCGCGAGCAGCGCGGGGGUACCACCCUGCAUGCGGGUACGUCCGGUAACGCGGCGGCCUCGCGGGGAGCAGGAGCGGCGGGGCGGCCUGAUCAGGCAACGGGACGUAAGGCGGAGGUGCAGCCGCAGCAACACCAGGAGUCCAAGGAGCAGGAGCGGCCACGCACCCAACCGGCCGCUGCUGCUGCUGCUGCCACGGUACAGGCAGGCGGAGGGGCAGCGACGGGAGCGGCAGGCGCAGGACCUGCAGGACCCGUGGCAGCAGUGGAACCAGACCCCAACCGCCAACAGCCGCAGCAGGUGUUACCGCAGCAGCAGCAGCAGCAGCAGCAGGUGGAGCCGCCGCUGAACCCGCUGGAGGCGGCUGCUGCAGCAGCGAGCAAUGCGGUCAAGGAGCAGGCGAAGGCCUCGGGACAGGUGCUUGAUCCUCGCAUGGUCAAGUGCUUCCAUGCCGGCGUCCGCUGGGGCAUCAAGCUGUCACGUCAGGCGCUGCAGACACGCAGCGACCUGGCAACAGCACUCAAUGACGCCUACGCGGGGGAGAUCCUGAGUUGCGGCCGCGGAGACACACUCAACAUCGUGUUCCUGGACGCGCAGGGCAAGGCGACGGAGUUCCCGUCGCUGCGUGGGCCGAAUGGCCGGGGCAAGGACAGUGCAACCAAGUGGCGUGCGAUGGUGGAGCGCGCGGUGAAGAUCUAUGUGCGGCGCUCGUGAGGGUGGGAGUCAUCAGAAGGAAUGCAGGCUGUCUUGCAGGUGGUGGGUGUUACCAAGGUGUCCUGGCUGCAUUGCUCUUGCGCUGCGAGAUGUGUGGGGGAGUGUAGGUACGAUGGGUGUUGCAGGUGUCGUGCCGG